AUGGCUCCAACCGGCGUAGACAAACACAGGUGGUGGAAGGACGCUGUCGUUUAUCAGGUCUAUCCGGCCUCGUUUCUGGACACCAACGGUGAUGGUUGGGGAGACGUGCCUGGCAUCACGGCUAAGCUGGAUUAUUUGAAGGACCUGGGAGUGGACAUAAUAUGGGUCUCGCCGAUCUACAAGUCCCCUCAGAUUGACAUGGGAUACGAUAUCUCCGACUACAAGGAUAUCGACCCCGCCUAUGGCUCCCUCGAGGAUGUUGACGAGCUCAUCAAGGAGCUGAAGAAGAGAGACAUGAAGCUGAUGAUGGAUCUGGUGGUCAACCACACCUCCGAUCAGCACUCUUGGUUCCUCGAAUCGCGCUCCAGCAAGGACAAUCCCAAGCGGGAUUGGUACAUCUGGAAGCCAGCCAAGUAUGACGCCGAUGGCAACCGCGAGCCCCCGAACAACUGGGCGAUGAUUCUCGGCGAGGCCAACAGUGCCUGGACUUGGGAUGAAAAGACGCAAGAGUACUACCUCUCGCUCUUCACAUCGGAGCAACCCGAUCUCAACUGGGAGAACCCCGAACUGCGGGCCGCGGUGCACGAUGUGAUGCGCUUCUGGCUGGAGCGGGGCUGCUCGGGUUUCCGCAUGGACGUGAUCAACCUGAUCUCCAAGGUGCAGGACUUCCCGGACGCAGAGGUCACAGUGAAGAGCCACAAGUACCAGCCAGGCGACAAAUAUUACGCGAACGGGCCACGGCUUCAUGAGUUCCUGAAGGAGAUCAACAAGAAAGUCCUCAGCCAGUAUGACACAAUCACGGUCGGUGAGAUGCCGUUCGUAAGGGACGAGGACGAGAUCAUCCGCAUCGUUGGCUCCGAGGAGCAAGAGCUCAACAUGAUCUUCUCGUUCGAUAUUGUGGACAUUGACAACGCGCCCGGCGACUUCAAGCUGGCGUUGCAUCCGUGGGACGCCCGCGACCUGCGCCGCAUCGUGACGCGCUUGCAGCGCCUCAUGAUCGAUCGCGACGGCUGGAACAGCCUCUUCGUCGAGAACCACGACCAGCCGCGCAGCGUCAGCCGUUUCUGCGAUGACAGCGACGAGUGGCGCGACACGGGCGCGAAGCUGCUCUGCUUGAUGCAGACGACGCUGGGAGGUACCGUCUACGUCUACCAAGGCGAGGAGCUGGGUAUGCGCAACAUCCCGCCCGAGUGGGACCCGCGUGAGUACAAGGACGUGGAGACGAUCAACUAUUGGAAGAAGAUGAACGCCAAGCACCCCAACGACAAGGAAAAGCUCAACGAGGCGCGCAAGAUCAUGCAAAAGAAAGCGCGUGACAACGCACGCACACCGAUGCAAUGGUCCGCGGAGCCGAACGCGGGCUUCUGCAACCUGGCGGGCGAACGCGGGCCGUGGAUGCGCGUCAUCGACGACUACAAGACGGUCAAUGCGGCCGCGCAGGUGUACAACAUUGUCGUGGGGCAGAUGUCAGUAUGGCAGUUCUGGCAGCGGGCGCUGCGCCACCGCAAGCAGCACAAGGACGUGUUUGUGUACGGCGACUUUGCGCCCGUGGGCGACGAGAGCCCCAGCGUCUUUGCGUAUAAGCGCUGGUCCGAGCAUGAGGCGUUUGUUUCGGUGCUCAACUUCUCGGGCGAAGAGAUCGAGUGGGACAUCCCGGCCGAUGUGGGCGUUGAGCGCUGGGUUGCGGGCAAUUAUACGGCUGAUGAGGACGUGGAUAAGCCCAAGGAGGGGAAACUGACGCUGGGACCUUGGGAGGGCUUGUUGGGACAGUGUCGGGUUGGUUAA